CCCGCCAAGACGGUCUGGCAAAUACAGACCCCACGCCGUUCGGAGAGAGUAAGAAAUGGCGCCUUCCGCCGCAACACUGGUUGAAGCUCCACUUCAAUCAACAGUCGAAAAUAUCGAAACCAAUUUCCAGCCGUUCUAUGUUCUUCAUAAAGCAUCAUCUCGGAAGAAUUCGAGAAAAUCAAAUCUAUGUGGAAAAUCAAGGAAGAGAACUAAACUCUCUCCAUCCGGUCCUAAUGGAAUCGAGAAUCUUGAUGAUGAAGAACCCGACGGAUCUCAACUUGAACAUUUGCGUAUGGAAUGUCUGGAGCUUGUAUGGUCGAAAUUGGAAACCACCAUUAAGGAUGUUUUGAGGGAUACUAAUGUUAAAGUUUUUGAUGAUAUAUGUCGCUGGGUUUAUGAGUCCUUUGCUGCUAUUAGAUCAUCUGGGAUACCUAGUUCAUCUUCAGCCAGCCGGCCUUUUCCUGCUUUUACUCGUGCUGAGUGUAAAGUAUUGUUCACAGGGUUGGUUCUCACUAAGAAUAUGGAAGUCGUGGAUGACUUACUGACAUUUGAAGAGCUUGGUUAUCAUUUGAAAUCUCAUGGAUGUCAUGUGGCCAGUCUCUCUUCUCAAGAGUUAUCUGCCAAGAGUAGCAUAGGCGGCUGCAUCAGAAGUUUAUUGAGACAAUUGUUGAAGGUUACUGUUGAUGCAGCUGACAUGUUCAUCCUAGCAUCAUGGUACAGAGAACAAGGAUACUAUGAAAACCCAGUCGUUGUGAUUAUAGAAGACAUUGAACGAUGUUGUGGUUCAGUUUUAUCUGAUUUCAUCAUUAUGCUGAGUGAAUGGGUUGUCAAGAUUCCAAUUAUUUUAAUUAUGGGAGUUGCUACAACAAUUGAUGCUCCUGCAAAUGUACUUCGUUCAAAUGCACUGCAGCAGCUGUGCGCUUCCAAGUUCAUAUUAGGAUCCCCGGCCGAGAGGAUGGAAGCUGUUGUUGAGGCUGUUCUUUUAAAGCAUUGUUGUAUGUUCAGCAUUGGUCACAAGGUUGCCGUUUUUCUGAGGAAAUACUUCUUAAAUCAGGAUGGCACGUUAACAUCCUUUAUAAGAGCCAUGAAGAUUGCAUGUGUGCAACACUUCUCCAUGGAGCCCUUGAGCUUUAUGCUUGCAAGAUUGCUUGUUGAAGAAGAGAAUAUGGAUGGGAAUUGUGCUUCUUUCCUAGAAGUUCUGCCCAAGCAUGCUUCAGAUCUUCUAUCUGAUUCAAGGUACUCGUUAGUCGAAGGGACAGAUAAUAAUCUUGGUAAUAUAUUGUCUGAAUUAAAGAGAUGGCGGAAGAAGUGGAGUAUUGUCGUCCUGUGUCUUUAUCAAGUUGGAAAGUUUGGCAAAGUCCAAUUGCUUGACUUACUAUGUGAGGCACUCGAUCCACAGCUUUUCAAACCAAUAACGUCUGAGAAUUCCAGUAGACUGCAGCAAGAACAAGGGACAUCAUUUUCAAGUAGUUAUGAGCUACAAUAUCAAUUUUCAUCACGUAAGGAUGGAUAUAUUUGUCAAGUAAUUCGCAAAGUGAGGGAUCUUCCUGCUGAGUUUCUUCAUCAGGUGCUAAUGAGUUGGAAAAAGAUUACUCGCUGUGUUCCUGAGAUCCAUCAAAACGUGAAAGACUUGCUAUUGGCUUUCAAGCUUGGGAAUGGAAAGAGUUCAGAAAAAGACAUUGCAGAUUUAUCCAAAAGACAUGCAUCCAGAAAUGGCUUAUUUGUUAAGAAUUCAAAGUCUGUGAUGGAGAAAGCGGAGUCAUUUCUUAAUUCAUUGGUUAGUGAACAUAUGAGACCUGUUGAAUGCAUACCUUUCCAUGAACUUAUCUGCUUCAAAGAUGUUAGAAAACUUCAACUGGCUUUGAUUGGAGACCCAAGAAGAAGGAUUCAAGUAGAUCUUCUGGAGUUCCAGAAAAUCAUAAAAUGUACAUGUUGCAGCGAGAACAUAAAUAGUCUUUUACCAUGUGCACAUGAUUCAACAAUUAUGUAUAGUUUAGCGCAAGAGCAUGGAGAUCUCAUCAAUCUCCAUGAUUGGUUCCAAUCGUUCAAGAGAGUUGUUAGUCAUCCUCAAGCUAAAGGGAAUCACAGGACGAAGCAAUGUUCUACACCAAAGAAAAGGAAAGAUAAACCUACCGUCGAAAGCAAAAGCGAUGCAUCAAUUCAAGCAAGGUUUUGCACUGCUGUUACUGAAUUGCAGAUUGCAGGAUUGCUUCGGAUGCCGAGCAAAAGACGGCCUGAUUAUGUACAGAGAGUGGCCUUUGGAUUAUAAGUGAACUGCAAUUGAUUUAAGCUCAAUGAAUGCUUACAAAAUGAAUGAGAAACCCUCAGGUUUUGCAGCUGAGGUGGCUGAUGUUAAUGCCUAUUUUUUCAAAGAAAAGGGUAGAAAUUAACUCAAACAGGCACUGAAAUGAGAAACGGAUUUUCAAGAACGUAGAAAAAUGAAGAGAAAUGGUCAAAUCCAAUAUGAAUCACUCGUAGAUGGCAGUUUAGAGGUGGUAGCUCUCUUAAAUUCUUUCAUCGCUUUUGGAGAAGAGGAUCAAACUAAUUUGUGGAUAGACUAAGCUAUGUUCCAAGCCCUUGAGCACAAGAGGAAAUAGAGCAAUCACUUGUUAUACAUAGAAUUGUUGUAAUAUUUACUUUUUUUUUCUAAUACUGAUUUAAACAGAUUUGAUUAUUGAACAAUGGAAUAAUUUUCUAA